AAAACGUGACUCUUAAAGUUCUUUAUGUAUAGGUAAGCGUGAACAGAUUGCGAUCGGAAAUUGUUUGCUAUGCUCGCGGAAUAAAGCUUAGUUUGAACUAGACAAUCAAUGCGGUUGCAAGUGCCGCGCAAAGAUUAACAAUGGAAUACCCCAAUCUACUAGUAAUUUGCGCAAUUUUGUUGCUUCUCCAAUUCGAGAUGGGAGUAGCAAGAUCAACUUACAAUGGACUAGAUCCGUCUUUGUACGUCGAAGCGCGGCGAUUGGGCUUGAAUGAGGGAAUAAUAAAUGAAAUGUGGCGAACCAAGAAGCCGUGGAUUGUCACAAAGACAAGAAAUGACGGUACUGUGACUAAGAACACCUAUCAGCUAAGUACCGAUGGAGAAAAACUAUUUUGGAAUAGCGUAACCAGAACACCGGUAAAUAAUGAAGCUCUCUUCACACAAGCUCAAGAAAAUUUAGAUUUUAUAUCGAACAACAUUCGCAACCAGCUGCAAACUACGCUCAGACUUGCAAAUGUUUUCAAUAACCCCUUUAUAAAUCCGGUCGGCUUCGGAUUUCCCGACUUUAACAUAUUUCACAACUUUAUCGGGCAGGGACGUAAUCAGUUCGAUGCGGAAACGCCCAACUCAUCACCGUGCCAUUGUCAUCAUAACGAUAGUCCAAGCCCGGGAUAUAUUUCCCCAACAGAAGAGCCCAGGUUUAAAGGGCGAAAUCUGGGAAAUGUUGCACGACGCGUUGAGUCCAACGUAAAUGAACGAAAUCCAGGGAAUGGUGCCCCUCAAGAAGACCGAAAUCCAACAAACACUGACGAUACUGAUCUAUGGUACCCGCCACUUCCGACCUCAACGCGUCGAACCCUGGUUCCUGUGCCCGCUAGUGCCCCAGCACCGCCUGCCUUUGGAGAUGGGUCCCGAUCGAGUAAUGACGACCAACCCAUGUGGCUUCCAGUGCCAGAUCCACCCUCAACCGAGCGCACUUUGGUCGGUCUGCCCACUCUGGCACCCAAAGGCGGAGCCGACACAGUCAUCGAUGACUUCUUGGCCAAGGUGGACGUCACUGCCGCCGACAUCAAGGAGGAGGAUGGCACGCUGGUCAGGACGAUCGUGGACAAGGAAGGCCGAGUUCUAAGCGCCAGCUUCGAACUAAAAACUAAAGAAGAUCGAGAAGCUAAUGCAAAUUAGGAGAGUUCCACUGUGGAAGUCGUUACAAUUGUUUGAUUUUAUGUCUCUAUUGCUUUUGUAUUCUUUAAUAAACAAGUACUGUUUACAUCAUAA